AUUUAAUAAUAACUCGCUCAUCACCACUUCAUACUUCAUUCUCACCUCGUUAUUCCAACCCCUCUAGAUUUGAAUCACCAAGCUUCCUCAUUCCCUUCUCUCUCUUUUUUGUACUGUACCCAAAAAAGCGCUUCACAAAGUUGAAAGUUGAAACCUCUUCAAUCUUCACGAUGGCGGAGAAGCUGCACUUACGAGAGUUCCUACAGGAGGAUCAAGAACCCUUCCUUCUGAAACACUACAUUUCGGAGAGACGCAGCCAGCUCAAAAGGGUAACACCUUCCCCAAACAGCACUUUACAACAACAUCUCAAAAAGAAUCCACAAAACUCAAACUUCCCACUUAACAAAUGCUUCCUCACUUCCCUCCAAAACGCCACAAAAUCCCCACUCUUAUUGUCACCAAAGAAGAGUACUCCCCUCACUCUCAGACCCUCCAACGCAAAAACCGCGUCGCUCCUCCUCGAAGCCGCCCUCAGAAUCCAUACCAACAAAAACGCGAAACCGAAGCCCAAACCAAACAGGGCCUUGGGCAUCUUCGGCUCGCUCUUCAAGAAACUAACCAACCGGAAGAGGGAAACAAUAGAGGGUGGUGCUGUUGCUAAGGUUAAUAAAGACAGCGACGACGACGAUGUUGUUGUGGUGGGAUCAUGUGAGGUCGGGUUCACGUGUUCCUGCAACGGAAGGCCCAGCAGUGCUGUCUGGUCGGAGAGCAACGAGGAUAAAUCGUUGGACUUGGAAUCUUCCAGUAGUGGCAACUCCUUUGAUGACUCUGUUGUUGAAGAGAUUGAGUUUCUCAACAAAGGGAAACUAAUAAACGCUGAUGAUCACGGCUUCUUCUGUCAAAGCCCGUUCCGUUUCUCCCUCCAACGCAGCCCCGACUACUCCGGCCGCCGCACGCCGGUCUUUUCUUCGCCGGCGGCUGCUCCAUGUCGCCGCAAAACCGAGGACAAAGAAAUUAAUGGUGCUGAUGGCGUCAACAAAUUCCAUUCAGGGGAAGAAGAGGAAGAUAAGGAACAGUGUAGUCCAGUAUCUGUUUUAGACCCACCCUUCGAUGAUGAUAAUGAUGAUGGGCAUGAUCAUGACAAUGGAGAUGAUGUUUUUGAUUUGGACUGUAGCUAUGCCAAUGUACAAAGAACUAAGCAGCACCUACUAGACAGGCUUUGUAGAUUCGAGAAACUUGCUGAGCUAGAUCCGGUAGAACUUGAGAAGAGAAUGCUGGAUCAUGAAGAUCGCGAGUACGAAACAUUUACUGAAGAGGAUGAUGAUCAUGAAGACGUGGACAGCGAAACAGCAUGCGAAGAAAACAUUCUCAGAGGAGAAAUGUUUGAAAUCCUCUGCUGCCGUUCAAGUGUUCAACAAGACACACAGCAAGCCCAAGCAGAAGACCUCAAGAGGCUGGUCUAUGAUCUCAUCAAGGAGGAAGAGACGACACAAGUUAAUAAUAAUUGUUCAGACAUGGUGAUAAGAAGGGUUCUUAGGAAGCUAGAAUUGUGGAAAGAAGUUGAGUCCAACACUAUUGAUAUGAUGAUAGAAGAGGAUUUCUCUAGGGAGCAAUGUAGGUGGAAGAAAAAUGAUGAGCACACAAAGGAGCUAGCUGUGGAAGUUGAACUUGCCAUUUUUUGCUUUCUAGUGGAGGAGCUUUCAGAGGAACUACUAAUAUGUUAAUGUGGGUAAAUUUUGAUGCAGCUGAAGAAUUUCGAAUGAGUUAUUAUUAUUAUUAUUAUUAUCUUUAUUCUUUUAAUUAGAAGAGUACAGUCUAACUUGCACCUUAUUUGAUUAGGCUAGUUAGAUAAAAAGGGACCCAAAAGGAUAAUUUGGGUUAGAGGAGGGAGAACUUGGGGGAUAUGUACAUGACUCGUGUAUGUAACUUGCAGGGAAUGCUGUAAAUUACCUUUAUUAUUAGUUAUAAAUACUAUAAUUUUUGCAGUUAUUGA